AUGAAAAUUGACAUUCAUUGUCACAUUCUGCCUAAGGAAUGGCCUGAUCUGAAAGAGAGAUAUGGCUAUGGAGGAUGGGUUCAAUUGGAGAAAGACCAUAAGGGGGAAGCCAAAUUGAUGAAAGAUGGAAAAGUUUUCAGAGUUAUCCAAGAGAACUGUUGGGAUCCAGAAGUUCGGAUUAAACAGAUGGACAAAUCAGGAGUCUCCAUUCAGGUACUUUCGACGGUUCCUGUCAUGUUUAGCUAUUGGGCAAAACCACAGGAUACUCUAGACUUGUGUCAAUUAUUAAACAAUGACUUAGCUGCUACAGUCAAGAGGCAUCCCAAAAGAUUCGUUGGACUUGGCACUAUCCCCAUGCAAGCUCCAGAUCUGGCCGUGAAGGAACUGCACCGCUGUGUGAAGGAACUUGGAUUUCCGGGGGUGCAGAUAGGAACCCAUAUCAACAACUGGGAAUUGAGUGCCCCAGAACUUGCUCCCAUUUAUGCUGCUGUUGAACAACUAAACUGCUGCCUCUUUGUGCAUCCUUGGGACAUGCAGAUAGACAGAAGAAUGUCUAAAUACUGGUUUCCCUGGCUUGUAGGCAUGCCCACUGAAACAACCAUUGCUAUUUGCUCCAUGAUUAUGGGAGGAACUUUUGAGCGCUUCCCCAAUUUGAGAGUUUGCUUUGCCCAUGGAGGUGGUUCCUUUCCUUACACAGUAGGACGUAUCUCCCAUGGAUUCAAAGUGAGACCUGACUUGUGUGCAAUCCAUAACAACACUGAUCCAAGGCAAUACCUUGGUUCAUUCUACACAGAUUCAUUGGUUCAUGAUGAGCAUGCACUGAGGUUGCUGAUAAACAUAAUAGGAAAGGAGAAUGUGAUAUUGGGAACAGAUUAUCCAUUUCCACUUGGGGAACAUGAGCCUGGAAAACUGAUUGAAUCAAUGGAGGACUUUGAUGAGCAAUUAAAAGAGAAACUCAAAUCUGGCAAUGCAUUUUCAUUUUUGAAUAUUGACAGAAAACAAUUUGAGUAA